AUGCAAGAUUUGCUGGAAAAGCUCACAGUUUACGGCGUGGGGAAACGGAAACUUGAUGAUGUUUUAUUCGUGAAUGAGUUUCCGCCUAAGGUUCUCGGAGUUUAUGAUGUUGAUGAGGAAGAACUAUGCCAUGAAAUAAUAACGACAACAUGCUCAAUACCAGGAUGUAAAUACACAACGGACUCCUUGUUGGAUUUCGAGAAUCAUUACAACUCUAGGCAUAGGUACUCAUGCUGUGAAUGUAAGAAGAUACUGCCUUCGCCACACUUGCUCGAUCUGCAUGUACAAGAAACGCACGACUCAUUCUUUGCUGUUAGUGCUUUAAGGAAGCCAUCGUAUUGCUGUUACAUAGAAGAGUGUAAAGAGAAGUUUUUAUCACCAGAUGAAAGAAUGGAUCAUUGUGUAAAAGUUCACAAAAUACCCAAAGACUUCAGAUUCGAUCAAAAGCCAAAGAAAAAGAAAAAUAAAUCUGAUGCAAUGGAUGUGGAUAGUGAGAAAAAAUUCAUGUUUUGCAAUAGCAAGAGCAAAAGUUUUAAAUACUCGGGCAAAAAGUUUACAAAUGACACAAAGUCGAACAGCUCAGUUGACAUUGAUAUGGUUGUGAGUAGUUUAAGGGAUAAUUUACCACAAUAA